CUCUGGGGGUCUAAUACGGACUAAAUGUUAGAAUUAGCUGUGCUUAGCCUAGCAGCAUAUUAGUUCUGCUUGUCAAUGCACUUAGCUAAAUAUUAAAGUCAGCUAAACUGGGUUUGGACUUUUAUAGGGAGGAUGCUUCGAGGAAAUCUCAGUCUCCUAAUAUCGUGUAUAACAGGCUGGGUGCGGGGGUGCGCUCACGCUGCGACGCACAGUUCGGUAAUCGGUUGUAAACUCGAUCACACGCGCUGCAUCAUCUGUGUCUCAGUCCCAGCAGCAUCGAUCUCCUCCAUCCACAUCACCACAGCCUUUACAGUGACCUACAAGCUCUCCUGCUGAAUGGUGUCUGGCAGUUUUUGUCCACCGUGGCCGCUCUUGUUGCCGUGCUGUGGAGGAAAACGGAUACCUGUGCUGCAUCGGCAUCACUGCGGACUGAUACGGGUGACGACGCGUUCAUUAAUUCUGUGAUAUAGCUAGGCUACAGCCACCAUGGCGAAAACAAUAACAUCAUCCACUACAGUAGCAGGUGAAAAGAUGGCACCACCAUCCAUCACUCUACUUCCUGACAAGAAAUCUCCGACAAAUGGUCACAACUCUCCUGCUCGGACGGGAAAAACUAGUCCAUCUAACAUGGAUAAGAAGUCAUAUAUGAAUGGACAUGCAUCCCCUUCACACCUAUCAGCUAACAUCACUAAUAGCCAUGGAGGUAAACAAAGUCUGGAGAGUUACAUGAAGACAGAUGACAGGAUGCGUUUAGCCAAAGAGAGACGUGAAGAGAGGGAUAGAAGCCUGGCGGCCAGAGAGCAGCUGAUCAAGGAGAAGGAACGCAGGGCUCGGCUGCAGUAUGAGCGUACAGUGGAGGAGCGGUGGAGGCGGCUGGAGGAGCAGAGGCAGAAAGAAGAGCUCCGCAGGGCUGCCGUGGAGGAGAAGAGGAGGCAGCAACUCGAGGAGGAGAGAGAGCGGUUUGAGGCCUUGAUGAAACGCUCCCUGGAGCGAAGCCUUCAGCUGGAGCAGAGAACAAAGCGCUGGGGAAGGGGCUGCCCUCCAGGAGCAGGUGACUGUGAGAAUGCCAAACUCCCUUUCUCUGCUGCCUCCGCCUUUUCCCAUGGCAUUGCCUCCCCCCUUCCUGCUGUCAGCGAAUCUGCACCCUGCAGCCCUCACAGGUCACCUUUCUGCAGCUCACUCAGUCCUGCAGAUCCUAACAGAGCCGGACUUCAGGGAGGCUCCCAGUCCACUCCCAAUACCCCUAAGAAAGAGCGGCUGCGCGGACACAGAAGAACUGCAUCCCCUGGUUGUGGAUCCCCUGUGAGAAGAUCUGAAUCCCCUGCAAGCAUCACCAAGCAUCUGGCUUCUCCUACAACCUCCAAGCUAGUGUCUAAGAUCCGUGCCCAGUCUCCAAGCAAUUCACAUCAGUACCAUCAUUCUCCAACAAGACAACGCCCAAACUUGUUAAGUGAGGACAGGAAAGCAGAAGACAAGAAGAUGGACAAAAAGUGUGAACAAUCCAAAGCUGAGCCUGUGGUGAAAAACAAUCCUGUCAUCAACAGCUCAAAUUCAUCUUCACAAGCUGAGAAAAAUGUCCUCAGUGCUGAAAUCCCAAAAUCUAAGUUUUGCAAAGGGGAACAGUUUGAAACGGACCUCAACAGGAACGCAUCUGAGAAAAGUCAGUCCCCUGACAGGAGGAACCAAAUGUCCUCCAAGGUGGAUUCUUCAGAGAAGAAGAUGCAGAGCAACAUCCAGAGUGGAGACAAGAGUAAAGAAUCAGCACCAACCAUGUCCACAGGGAAGGUGGCCGCCGGCACAACAAAUGCAGAGGAGGCCACCAGGCUGCUAGCAGAGCGCAGGCGGCUGGCUCGAGCCCAGAUCGAACUGGAGGAGAAAAAACGGGAAAAAGAGGAAGAAGAAAAAAGACUGAAGCAAGAGGAGAAAAGAAAGCAACUUGCUGAAGAGCAGCGGCAGCAGCAGGUUAAAGCUCAACAAGUGGAGGUGAGAAGCAGCAACAUGAAGGACAUUGACAGGCUGAAGCAAGAAGAAGACAAAAGAAAGAAAGAACAACAGGAGCUGCAAAUCCAGAUGGACACAGAGAAAGAAAAAGCCAAAGUCCAGGCUCAAGAAGAUGCAGAGCGUCAGCGGCAAGACAGAGAACUGCAGAAACAACAUGAAGAAGAGGAAAGGCAACAAAGAAAAAAGAGAAUUGAGGAGAUCAUGAAGAGAACAAGGAAGGGUGAAGCUGACAUGAAGGAGGAUCAGGUGGAGACAAAGUCCGUCUCACUGACAGGGGAUGUGAAGACUAAUGCUCAGGUGAUCAAGCAGGCAAGCCAAAAGGCUGAGAUUCAGGUUAAAGAACAGGUUACAGUGAAGGUUAAAACAAAGGAAUGUGUAUCCUUGAAGAAAGAAGAGGCAGCAGCACAGAUGGACGGUCAGAAGAGUAAGCUAGCUCAGAUCAACACGCAGCCUGUGACACAAACACACAAUGUUCCCGACAAAAAACAAACCAGUGAAGAAGAGCGUGGCAGCCAACGUAGCAAAGAAGGCAAUGCCUGUGCUUCCAAGCAUCAGGGAAAAGAGGUGGAACUGAAUGUAAACAAGCAGCACAAAGCAAAUGUCAACGUUACAGCUCAAACAAAUAUAGAGCACACUGCGCCCACAGCAGAGGACAAAGCAAACCAAAGAGAGGACAGUAUGAUGAAUGGAGCAGUGAAGGGUGAAGGAAGUGCCUUGAAGAGCAGUCAUCAAACUACUGAAGGAAGCAAACAGCAAAGCCUGAUUGUGUCAGUUUCAACUGAGAGAAAAGCUAAAGGAGUGUCCCAGGAGGAGGUUGUUAGGCCAUCUGUGACACAGCUGCCCAUGGUGCGAUUAUCACCACCGAUCAUCAAGCUGGAGCCACUUGAUAUUAGGUGUACGGGGUCUUGUGAUGAGGUGCAGUCGAUGGAGGUUAGUCCUGCUUCAAAGGAAGAACUAAUCUCGAUCCCAGAGUUCUCACCCAUCAAUGAAAUCCAGCAUGGCAGCUUGAGCCAUAACCGGGCUCUGGAGGAUCUGAUGGACCUAACAGGAAAUGUCACGUAUCCCAAUUUGUCCUCUGAAAACAGCAUCGGUGACUGCAACAAGAACCUGAUUGAAGGUGUUGUUAGCCCCAUGUCAGACUCAAAACUCAGUGGGGUGACACCUCCAUCCUCAAAUAAACUUAGCGCCUAGUGGUCCGUUAGUCUUUUUCCCCUCCUUUCUUGCUUGCACUUUCUCUUCUAGCUAUCUGUGAAACACUAAAGCACUCAGGAUGACACAUUCUGAGUGUGUGCCCUUGUCUCACUACAGUUACGGGAUUAGAGCCAUAGAGAUGUUUAAAAAACAAAUAUGCUAAGGAUGACUUGCAUUAUGAACAAAACAAAGUCUAUAUAUAUAUA